AUGCGCUCGACUUUUGCUCUCAGGCAGAUCGCCAUUUCGGCGUCGCGCUCGUCAAGCCUAGCAGCAGCUCGAGUCGUAGCUGCUCCCAGUGCUGCCGCUACGCGGAUUGGCGCUGUUUCUUCGGCGCUGAAGCUCGAUCGCGCUGCUCGACUGCCUGCCGGCGUCAGAGGAAUGGCGUCGGACUCCACCUCUGCUGCCGAUUUUGACCCGCAUGCGCCUACUGCGAUGGACAAGAUGGAGCCUCCCAAGCCAGGCGCUGACUUCAACGUGGUCAUCAUUGGAGCUGGCAACAUCAACUUUGGCUCGGACGAAGGUCCAUGGAACCACUCUUUCCGCCUUGAGCACAAGCUCGGCCCACGUCUCAAGGUGACUGCGCUCAUCGACCCUUCUGCAGCACGCGCAGAAGCGGCACUGACCGUCAAGCGUAACUCGUUUGUGCUCUCUGCCUACAAGGAUACAAUCGUGUACCCCACAUUUGCCGAUUACGUUGCCAACGUCUCGCCUGACAAGCGUCCGCAUGCGAUCUGGGUGGGAAGCCCUCCUGCAUUCCGUGGUCGUGAGCAGCCGGGUCGCGACCUGGAAAAGAAGCUUGUCGAGGCUUUCCCGGACGUGGCCAUCUUCAUCGAAAAGCCCGUGUCGACGGGACCUGUGUCGGACGCAUUCAAGAUUGCGCAGAUGCUGGAAAAAGCCGACAACCUGGUGUCGGUCGGUUACAUGCUUCGAUAUCUCAAGGUGGUUCAGAAGAUGAAGCAGAUCCUGGACGAGAACAACCUGAAAGUGAUGGCCACCAAUGCGCGUUACGUUAUGGCGUAUGAGCACACGAACAAGCCCGACUGGUGGGACAAGAGCAUCUCGUGCGGUCCGAUUGUCGAGCAAGCCACUCACUUUUGCGAUCUCUCGCGCUACUUUGGUGGUGAGGUGGAUCUGGCCACUGUCAGUGCGCACUCGCUCGAGUGGUUCGAGCCUGCCGGUCAGCUGAGCAAGAUCCCAAUCGAUGAGAGCAAGAUUGCCGAGGACCAGCGUAUCCCACGAAUCACGUGCGCCAACUGGAAGUACGAGUCCGGUGCCGUUGGUUCGCUCACCCACGCCGUCUCGCUGCAAGGCUUCAACUACUCGACCGAGCUCGACGUGCUCGCUGAUGGGUACAGUCUGCGACUUGUUGACCCGUACAACGCGCCCGCUCUGUACUUCCGUCGCCCUGGAGAUGACCACGAAGAAGUUGUGCGAUACCAGAACGACGAUCCCUUCUUCUCGGAAGUGAGCAACCUGAUCGACAACAUCGAGAAGGGCAGGGGUGCUAGUCCCAUCCUUUCGUCGUACGAGGAUGCCGUCAAGACCUACGCGCUCACGUGGGCCAUCCGUGAGGCUUCUGAAAAGUCAGCCAAGAAACCCACCAACUAA